GAUAUUUCGACAGUGUAUAACACGUAGCAGGCCUUUGAUAGACUGUAGAUCGGAGGACCAACGAUGAAAGUUCCACAAUUGACAUGGACGUUUGCCGUGGCUUUAUUCGGUAUCUCUAUACACCACUAUAUAGAUGUCGCUAAAGGCUACAACGUGGCUCCGCUAACCAAGGCCUUGUUCUAUGGCGUGAAGUUCGCCGAUACAUCCCUGUCUAUUGCCAGCUGGGCUAGUGACGGCUGCAGCUAUUUCCCCGAUAUAUGCAGUCUAAAGAAAGAUAUCCCAAAAUUGGAAGAAGAAGCCAAAAGACUUUCAGAAGAGUUGAAAGAAAAGGUUCAACUGUUGUCCUCGUCUCACGAAGAGAACAGGGAAACCUUCAACAUACUUGAUAGGGCAAACGUGAACAACGAACGCAUUGUCACGACUCUCGAAGCAAUUCGGGGUUUUUCGGGUACUAUCGUAGAGCUUUUGGAAGAAAUCUCUGGCAAAGCUUUUUCUACAAUUGAUCCGAUUAAACUGGAGAUGGACGCCAAUGCGCUCAUAGAGAAUGCUGCAAGUAUAAGACUACAGAUGAAGGAUAUGGAAAAUGCCAUGGAGAAAAGAAAGCUCAUGGGUGGUAUAUCAUUUGGGGCCGGUGGCGCUGUACAGAUAGCAUAUUACGGAUACACAGCCCGAAAGUAUUACAAGAUGAAAAAGGCUCAGGGCGUAGAUCUGGCGCAGUCAGAACGCACCAGCGUCAGCAAAAGUGUGACGUUAACGGGACAAAUAAGAACCAAACUAUCCAGCAUGCAGACAUGGAUCAACAACCAUCCAAAAGUUAAAAUGAGCAUGAGAGUAGCAGCUUAUGGUGUUUCACUUCUGAUCUCAGGUGCGAUGCUUUAUAUCGAUAUCAAAAAUUCGGAACAGAUGAGAGAUCGACUCCGUACAGUUAAGCAAGAUCUCAUUGACAUCAUAGAUGGCCAUGACACUACGGACUCAAAGGUGGACGAGUUUCUUACUACCCAAGAAGAUGCGAAAGCAAGCAUGGCGGACGACUUUGGCACUAUUAAACAGGCAUUCCUUAACGCGACUGGGUUUCUUGCCCAGUUGAAGACUUACCCCGGGGAUUAUUAUGACCAAAGUUUAGUAGAUCUGCCAACGUACACAGCGGGUAUCGUGUCUCUAAGCACGAUCAAUGACCAGCAGGAAGCUUACAAAAGCUAUCUGUUAAAAGAGGCUAAAAAUCUACAGACGGUGUACAACCGAUUUAAGAUGAUAACGGCCAUAUUGAACUUGAUAAACGUUCCCGGAUAUACGAUGCCUCUCAGCGUACUCCUGAAGACGGCACGUCAACAUGACGCCUCUACUGACCGGGACUUGCUCCUAAAUAUUAUCGCAAACAAUCAGACAUCACGUGAUCCCUACACGUGGCCAGAUUUAAAUAUGAGUACCGGAAAGAUAACAAACAUUGAUCUUACGCCGUGGUUCACCCUGAAAACCACCACCCCUACAACCACCACGGCCCGGCCAACAACAACAACGAGGAAACCAUUAAGAUGGACACGAGUCCGAAGAAUUAGGUUACCAAGAGUUAGAAUACCAAGAGUCAGGGUACCAAGUGUCCGGGUACGAAGAGUUAGGGUACCAAGUGUCCGGCUACCAAGAGUCCGGGUAUCAAGAUUUAGUUCUCGAUUUCGAGGGUUUUGAGAAUAACGACGUUGUUGCAACGCAUGGACAUCAAGGGACUUUGUAUUUACAAGAAUUUUGAAAUUGCAGCAUGUAAUAACUAUCAGAUUGGCCGCAGGUUGGACACAAGCUUAAACUCCCUUGUUCAAAUAAUCAACCCAAUCCACAUCAUCUUCUUAAAGCGCUUUACAGUACUGUUUUGGAAAAUCACACUGUACUUCACUGCUUUACAGCGCCACGCAAGCCGCAGUCCGCGAUUGUGCAUUCGUUUUGAUAUACCAAUGUGAACAAAGGCCCAAAUAUCGAGGCGCCCAAGCAAUGUACAGUUAAGAUUCGUUUAUUUUCGUCGAAUACCAUAUACGAAAUGGUAGAUUUUAUAAAAUAAACAGCUAUGUAUAACUAAUGAUACUGACAAUAAAUAACAAAUAUAGAUUUCUUAAAUGAA